CAACAACAACAUAGAAUGUACUCUCUCUUUCUGUGCUUUAGGUACGUCAGUGAGCUGCGUUUGGUGAGGGUCCAUGGGUCAGAGGGCGGGAUCUAUACCUUCCUAGUCCAUCAUGAGGACGCCUCUGUCAAUCAAUCAUUCCCUGUCUAUGUGAACAGUAAGCCUGUCAUCAUUUCCCAGGAGGGACCAGUUGAUGGACAGGUGCGCUGCGUUGCCGCCGGUUACCCGACCCCUAAAAUCAGCUGGUUCUACUGUGAACUCCCCCACACACGGUGUUCCCACCUGACCAACGCCAGCCAAUGGGAGCAGCGGGAGGUUGCCACGGUAACGGUAUCAGACUCGGCCUUCGGCAGCAGCGAGGUGGAGAGUCGACUGAACAUCACGAAGGGAGACGCACACACACACUACCACACGUUGGAGUGUGUAGCGACCGUGCAGGGCGAGCAGGCUUACACACUGUUCUCCAUCAGCGGUGAGAUAAUAACCCUGCCCCAUAAGCUCUUCACCCCCUGCCUGACUGGUGUGGUUGUUACAGCUGUGAUACUGAGCAUCACACUGGUGGUUCUCCUCUACAAAUACCUUCAGAAGCCCAAGUUCCAGAUCCAGUGGAAGGUGAUUGACAGUAUCCACGGCAACAACUACAUCUACAUCGACCCCACCCAGCUGCCCUACGACGCCAAGUGGGAAUUUCCCAGGCAGAAACUACGCUUUGGUAAGACCCUGGGUUCAGGAGCCUUUGGUAAGGUGGUGAGAGCUACAGCCUAUGGACUCUGUUCUGCUGACUCCGUCAUGACUGUCGCUGUCAAGAUGCUCAAACCGAGCGCCCACUCCACCGAGAAGGAGGCUCUGAUGUCGGAGCUGAAGGUUCUCAGUUACCUUGGCAACCACGUCAACAUCGUCAACCUGCUGGGAGCUUGCACUGUGGGAGGGCCGACGCUGGUGAUCACAGAGUACUGUUGCUAUGGAGAUCUGCUCAACUUUCUGCGUAGGAAGAGAGAGACGUUCUUCAGCGCCCAGGCUGCUGAUGGGUACUACCGCAACAUCAACAACCCCCGAGAACCACAGAGAGAUGGGAACGGUAGCAGUUACAUGCCUAUGCGUCCGUCCUCCCAGUCAGAUGAUAAGGGGUGUCUGAGUAUAGAUGAGUUGUCUGUGGACACAGAGGAUCUACUGAGCUUCUCCUACCAGGUGGCUAAAGGCAUGGAGUACAUCACCUCUAAGAAUUGUAUCCACAGAGACCUAGCAGCCAGGAACAUACUGCUGACUCAGGGUAGAGUAGCCAAGAUCUGUGACUUCGGACUGGCCCGAGACAUCACCACCGACUCCAGCUACGUCCUCAGAGGCAAUGCCCGUCUCCCAGUGAAGUGGAUGUCUCCAGAGAGUAUCUUUGACGGUGUUUACACCUUGGAGAGUGAUGUGUGGUCAUACGGUAUCCUGCUCUGGGAAAUAUUCUCUUUAGGCAGCAGUCCAUACCCUGGUAUGCAGGUGGGUUCAGCGUUCUACAGGAUGAUCCAGGAAGGACACAGAAUGAACAGACCUGAUGUGGCUCCCAGAGAAAUUUAUGACAUGAUGUUGUCCUGUUGGAGUGAGGACCCUCUGAAGAGACCUUCCUUCAGGAAAGUAGUCGAGAGGACUGAACUACUACUGUCGGAACACACCAAGAAUGUGUACCUGAACCUGAGCUAUGGAGCUGUUCCUCCAGACCAGCAGAGGGCAGCGCCUCACAGACUGAGCUCAGUGAGCAGCACUACGGCCCCGACACAACCACUACUGCUGAAUACUGCUGAUGUGUUUGUGGACUACGACACUGUCUGAACAAUGGACGGACAC